CUCCAUCGCUUUAUAAUGGAACAUUAUGGAGUCUCCACUAACUACAAAUUCCUUCCACAAAAACAGAAAGAGAGAAAGUGACAGAGAAAGAGAAAGAUGGCGACGUCGCCGGAAAACGAGCACCCGCGCAAGGCUUUCGGCUGGGCUGCCAGAGAUUCCUCCGGCAUUCUCUCUCCUUUCAACUUCUCCCGCAGAGAAAAUGGUCCUAAUGAUGUGACUAUCCAAAUACACUACUGUGGUGUUUGUCACUCUGAUCUGCAUACUGUGAAGAAUGACUGGGGGUUCUCAAGUUACCCAAUUGUGCCUGGGCAUGAAAUUGUUGGCAUUGUUACCCAGACAGGGAGUAAUGUUGAGAAAUUCAAAGCUGGUGACCGAGUUGGUGUUGGUGUGAUAGUAGGAUCCUGCCUGACAUGCAACGUUUGUGAGCGAGAUUUGGAGAGUUACUGCCCCCAAAAAAUAUUUACCUAUGGCUCCAAGGAUUGGGAUGGCACAGUAACAUAUGGUGGUUAUUCGGACAAGAUAGUUGUUCAUCAACACUUUGUGCUUCGUUUUCCUGAUAACCUGCCUUCUGAUUCUGGUGCACCCUUGCUAUGUGCUGGUAUCACCGUAUAUAGCCCAAUGAAAUACUAUGGGAUGAUAGAGCCCGGGAAGCAUCUAGGUGUGGCAGGACUUGGCGGGCUUGGUCAUGUUGCAGUGAAAUUUGGCAAGGCAUUUGGGUUGAAAGUAACGGUCAUCAGUACUUCACCAAGGAAGGAAGAUGAUGCCAUUAACAAGCUUGGAGCUGAUUCUUUCGUCGUUAGUACUGAUCCUGCCCAGUUACAGGCUGCAACGGGUACAAUGGAUUACAUUAUCGAUACUAUUGCUGCUGUCCAUCCCUUGGCUCCACUGCUCGGUUUGCUGAAGAUGGAUGGCAAACUCGUGACUGUUGGCCUGCCAGAAAAACCUCUAGAAUUGCCAGUUUUCCCUUUAGUUGCAGGCCGGAAACUUAUCGGGGGAAGUGACUUUGGAGGAAUAAAAGAGACACAGGAGAUGCUAGACUUUUGCGGGGAACACAACAUAACAGCAGACGUUGAGGUGAUUCGUUUGGAUGACAUUAACACAGCCAUGGAGCGACUCGCCAAGUCUGAUGUCAGGUACCGUUUUGUCAUCGAUUUGGCAAGCUCCCUACCUGCCCAGUAGUUUGUGAUUGCUGCAAUGAAAUGCCAUUGAGUUUUACCAUGAAUGUAAUUGCUGAAAUGAAGAGUACUAUUCUUGAACUAAACCUUGCUGCACUAGUGUUUGUCUUGUGACAUUACAUUGUUCUACUUUUUACAAUAAUGGAGAUGCCAUCCUAUUUAGUUCA